CUGCCUGCUGCAUUCACAACUUCUCAUAAGUAUUCGAAAGGAAUUGCAAUCCGCCUUUUUUUUCGAGAUUCACUACUGAAUUUCUCAUCAGUUGUUGUGUGUCUCGUGCGGCGUUCGCUUCUUUUCAUAUCCUUAAAACGGGAGAAAUGUUUGCAGAGAAAUUCUUGAGAAAAGGUGGGGCACUCCCAGCCCAGGCGUUCAUUCCUGAGCAAAGGUUUUCAAAAAACUUUUAACAACCUCAUCUUUAACCUCACUUCUAUUCAGCAAUAAUGUACCACUUACCUUUAGUGUCGAACCUCUUACUUGGAAUGUUAAUGCAACUAUGCAUUUAAAGAUUGAUUAGGCUUUACUAGUAUCGUGAAGCAAUUGCAAACAUGUUUUUUUCAUUCACAGAGUGCUGAUUUUUCACUGUUUUAAUGCCACUAUGUUGUCAUGCUGAAAAGAUACUACUACAAUAAGCGAAAAAUAUAACAGCUAUGGAAUCCAGAGAUGUUCAGAGGAAGCGAUAUCUGCUGUGUGUCCACUGUGAUCCAGCAACAUAUUUUGAUGACCUAGAAGAGUUAAAAAAACAUUGGCAGCGCCUGCACAGGGAUAAAGUAAUUCUUCUUUGUGGCCAGUGUAAAUCUGAGUUUCGUCAUCAAACCUCAUUGGUCCGACACAUUACCACAAUUCAUGUAAAUGCAUGUCAAGAUCUCGACUCUGAUGAUGAAGAAGAUAAUGGUGAGAGCAUGGAGACGAAUUCUCCUGAAUCUCACAAUAAUUCAAGAGAACAGCAGAAUGUGUCAAAUAAUCGUUCAGAUACAUUUUCUGAACAUGAAGAAGAAGGUGGUCGGGAUGAAGUUAAUGAAGAAAUUGACUUUCAAGAUGAAGCUGCUAAAUUUCUUUUGAAGUUAAGAUCAUCAGGAAAUUUGACAAAUGCAUCUGUUGAACUGAUUCAAAAUUUUACUUCAAACUUAAUUUCUCUUCUUGCUGCACAUUUUAAAAGAAAAACCAAAAAUUUUCUUGAAGAGAACAGAGUUAAUGAGAUUGUUUCUGAAAAAUUUCUUUCAGAAACAUUUCAGAUUGGUAAUCCUUUUCAGGGUCUGGAAACAACUGAUAAACAAUUAGACUAUUUUUCUGAGAAGUAUGGUCUUGUAAAACCAGAGGAAAUGUAUUUAUCAAGCAGAAUUGAGCAUAGGCUGGAUAGGACCAGCAAAAUGUUUUUACCUAAACAAGUUUCUCAAACAUUUCAGUCAUUCUCAUUGAUUGGAACCUUAACUCUGAUUGCCCGGAACAAGUAUUUAAGAGAAUUGAUUUUAUCUGAGAAAGAGAGUACUGAUGGCAUUUCUAGAGGAUACAAGGAUGGAACUGACUUCAAGAAUAACACAUUUCUUCAGAAGUACCCUUUUGCUUUUAGGAUUGAACUAAAUUAUGAUGAUCUUGAAACUGCCAAUGGAAUGGGGUCCAAAGAUGUCAUUCACAAAAUUGGACCAUUCUAUAUAAGAAUUCAAAAUUUACCUGCCGAAGAAAAUUCAAAACUUUCAUCAAUAUUCUUAUUGGCAAUGGCUUAUUCAGAAGAUUUGAAGGACAAAGGGGUUUUCAAGAAAAUUCUUACUCCCCUCUUGGAAGAUCUGAAGAAACUUCAGUCUGAUGAAGGCGUAGAAAUAACCCUUCCAGAAGGAGGUACUUUUAUUAUACGGGCAUGUCUGGUGUGCUUUUGUGCUGAUUCUUUAGCUGCGCACGCCCUUUUUGGAUUUAUGGGGUGUUCUGCAAUGAAAUUUUGUCGCCUCUGCUUGCUUUCCUUGACUGAUCUUCAAGAAAGCUCCAAUUCAAUUGGUCCACUUCGUACAUCAGAAACUCACAAGCAACAUGUUGCAGAUGUUGAAAGAGACCCAACUUUGAGGAGUGCCUAUGGUGUCAAUGAAGAAAGUGCUUUGGCUAGUGUUCUGAGAGUGCCGGAAGACAGUGUAAUGGAUGCUUUCCAUGAUUUUGUUGGUGUAGCACAAAUGGUUCUGAAGUUGGUUUUGUACGAGUUUAUCCUUGUGAAGAAACUGUUUACAGUCUUUUAUUUUAAUGCUAACAUUGUUGCAUUUUCCUAUGGAAGUCCAGAAAUUAAAAACAAACCAUCAGCUAAUAUUACAAAUGAAAGACUUUAUGGCGAAGGUCAUACGCUCAAGCAAAAUGGAUCUCAAACAUUUUGUCUCCUGCGUAUCUUCCCUUUUUUAAUAAAAGGUGUUGCUGAAGAUGACAGAUUUUUGGAACUAGUGUUUCUUUUGCAAGACAUUAUGCGGAUAGUGUUUUCUUCCCAAGUGAGGCCAAGAGAUGUGGAUCAGCUGGAAAUGAUCAUUGCUCAACACAAUAGUUUGUUCCAUGAACUGUUUGUGCCGCCUCCAGGGCCGCCUCCACUGCCACCCACUGGGGCAGCCUCUGGAGCAGCCCCUGCCCCAGCCCCUGAAGGGCCUUCUAGUGACAAUGAAGAGAAUGAAGAAAAUGUUGAUGAUCCAAACACUGAUGAUAAUGAAUCUGAGCCUGAUGACAACUCUGGUGCUAGUCAAGUUGCACCUGCUUCUAGAAGGAAAAGAAAAAAAAUUGUUCAUAAGACCAAGAGACUGAAAAAAGGCAUCAAUAAACUUCAUCAUAUUUUGCACUACCCCAAACAAUUUAGAGAAAAGGGGCCACUAAUAAGAUUGUGGUGCGCAAGAUAUGAAGGACGUCACAGAAUUCUUCGUAAACAUUCUGCAGUUCAAAGUAACUUCAAGAACAUAAUUAAGACAAUGUCAAGAAUGUUCCAGCUUAGCACAUUUGAUGCUUUUUUGCAAAAGAAAAAACCUGAAACUAUUAUUAGUAGUACAGAUUCCGUCCAGGAAAUUGUGCAAAAUAGUAUUUACAGUGACAUUCUAGUUAGUGAAGGCCUACUGUUGGAUGAUCAGGUAAAGAUUGUAAAGUCAGUGAGUGUGAAGGGAGAAGAAUAUGCUUGUGGACUGUUUGUGGUCUGUCCUUCACAAAAUGAACCAUUUAAAUUUGGACUUAUUGCUGAUGUCAUUGUUGAAGUGAAAGAUGCAUCAAAAGUGUAUCUUGUUGUACAAGAAUGUGUCAAUGAAGGCUUGAGUAAUAGGUACAAUUCUUACAAAAUAAGAAACCUGUUUGAAGCACCACCAUACCUUUUGAAAAUUGAAAACCUUAUUGACUAUCGUCCAUUACCAGCCUGGACUCCAAUGGAACGUGAUGGCUUGGGCCUAUACUUGCACCCACGCAAUAUUUUCUGUUAGCUGGUUGCAAUAUUAGCUGCAAAACUCAAUCAACCAUUCUCUAUCAUUUUUUUUCCAUAAAUUAAUUAACUAAUUGAUGAUAAUUGAAGUAAUUCUACAUGUAUCAAAAUCAACCAUUCCUACAUAAUCAACAGCCCGA